AGCAGAAUGUUGAAUACCAACAAUAACAAAGAACAACGCAUGCGUUUUAUAGAUUAGUGAAUUCACAAACAAUACCGCGUGCACAAAUGCAUUACGUUUGGUUUUGAACGAAAAUUAUAAAUAAAAUGAUAUUAUAACACUUGAACAAUUUUUUAAUCAGUUUUGUUCAUAACCAAUAAAAACUAUAAGACCUGUUUUGUCGGCUAUAUAUUUUUUAUUGGAAACAUAUUUUUCUAUUACCGUUGAUCGUGACCUCUGACCAAUUUUGGGGCCAUGGAGCUGGAGCAGUACCGGGAGAGGGUGAUGCCGCCUAUGCCCAUGAGUUUGGCCGGCGGAAUGCAGUCGGGACGCCAACAGACUUCAACUCCAGGAGAAGUUCUCAUCAAGGUGCAAGAAGAUUUGAAGCAGCUGAAAGAGCGUCUUCUUCUGACCGCCAAUAUCCAGGGCAGUGGCUCGGGUAGUUUCGGGGGAGGGCAUGGAGGUCUGGAUAUCAGUACCCUAGAGAACGCCAUCUCAAACACAGAAAUGGCCAUCAUGAGACAUGGGGAAGAGUUGGUGGGGUACAGGAACCAGCAGUUGACUACUCUGCCCACCCUGGAUCCCAACCUACACAUGCCACAGUUCGACCAGCCAUUCCCAGACAAACUCUACAGGGACAAACUCACCCAAGAAGCUCUAGGACAUCGGAACACUCCAAUGGACAAAUCUAGGGCCCUAACUUCCUACGAGGAGGGACCAAAAAUGGUCAAGCUACUAACCAAACGACCCAUGGCCCCCAAAUCAGGAGUUCAUGACUUGAUGGGAGCUAAGCAAGUGUCGUUCGAAUCCCCGGGAAUCAAAAUGCAACAUGACCAGGAGGCCAUCAAGAUAUUGGAUCCGACACAUCCUGAAAAUCGCGAGACACUGCAUGCAAUGUAUGGGAUCUCGCUGCCGCUGAUUGUCCAGGAAAAAGAUUAUGUCCACGCUGGAAUGGACCGCAUCCACAAAGGGUCAAACAUUGAACCGGCAACAGUUUUGCCUCGAGUUAACCGAAUUUACCCUCAGCUGAACCCGCCAGGAAUUUCUGAGGACGAUCUGAACCGAGGUCUGCUGAGUCUGAUCGAGCGGGGUUUGAUUCCCCCCGCGGCCGAGAUCACGAUUGAGCCCUCCCCUAUCCGACAGAGCAGGGCCCCCCUACACAGAAUAGGGGAAUUGAGGAACAGGAAACACACCCCCGAGGAGACUAAGAAAGCAGACUCUACCCUGACGGGUGUCAAGUUGGAUCCGAACAUCAAAACGGAAAGCGAUCUCUGCUCCGAGAAGGGCGAGCGAGUGACCUCAAAGCCGAUCAACCCGAAACGACCAGCUAAACUACUUCGUCCGUCGCAGCAGAAAGUGUCUUCGCUACAACUGGAACCUCCGAGUGGCGAGCCCACCACCCGAACUCCAAAAGGAAACUUGGCGAAUGAUGGUAGCGGGAGGAAAAAAGAGUCGAUGGUUCUGAACCCGACAGUGAUCGAGGCGAGUGAGGGAAACACCCCCACCACAACUGGUCCAACCGAGAGAAGAUUGGAGGGGGAGAUGGCACUGGUGCCCAGAGUUCCCAACUCACACCCAUAUCCCCCUCCCGUGACCCCCCACUCGGCCGAGCACUUGAGGAGUCUGGAUCACCGCUUCGCCAUCCAGCUGGGCAAGAGCAAGACCUCCUCGCCAGAGUACGGGGCAUUCAAACAGCACUACUGUCUCAAUUGGGGAAGUAUCAUCCGGACUCUGGGUGAUUUGGAAGCUCUCCUAUCUAAGUUCAAGAUCACAGUGGCCCUUGUGAAUGGGGACAAGCUGGCCGAUCUGGCCAUGAAGUAUGAACUGGAGACUUCUCCCUCCAGGGACGAGUUGUUGUCUGUUGUAGUCAAUCUGGACACGGUCAUGAAUGAGAUGAACACGCCUGGUCAGAGGUUCAAAACCAGCCAGGGCAAACACCAGGCGGCCACUCUCAUCCAAAGCAUGUGGCGAAUGCACGUCAAGAGAAGUGCCUAUCUCCACUACAGGAAGCAGAAAUGGGCGGCUGGAAUGAUUGCGAUCUCGUGGAUAAUGAAUGCGAAGCUGAGCAAGAUCAGGAAACAAUUAGUCAACACCAACAGAAGUCUCAUCGACUCCUACAGACUCAGAAUGAAGUUACUAUCGUCAACUUGGGAUGAAAUGAAGGCGAAUCAAAGAAUUAUCAUUCACAUACCGUCACUUGGCCACAGUGCGCGUGUGCGCUACACCCUCGAAGAUAUGGCACUAGAGCAGAGUCGUCAAAUGGGCCGAUUGUGUGACUUAGCCGACCCGAAUGUGAAAAUAAUCUACAUAUCACCUGUGCCUGUUAGUGAGGAGUUCCAGCAAUACUUCUCAAAACUGUUGGGUUUGAAGCCAGCUGUCCUUUCUGGAGAUGUGGAACAUCAGACCCAGAUGGACGAAAGAUUCACCAUUAUCGUUCCAGACGCAUUGGAGAGUUUUCCCAACCACAGCAUGUGUCUGACCUCCCUGAUCAAGUACAGUCCACUAACUGUGAAGAGAAUCCAGAACCUGGUGGCCGGAAACUCCGCCUACAUAGUGCCAGGAGUAAUCCACAGGGACGAACUGCACCUGUCCGACUUAUUAGAUGUACCAGUACUUGGCCCUGAACCCGACGUGGCUAACAGUUACGCUACAAAGUCUGGCCUGAAACGAAUAUUUGUUGCUGCAAAGGUAGACCAACCUCCCUGUGAGUUUGACAUCCAUUCACUGGACCAACUGACGGAGUCGCUGGCACAACUAGUGACAGAACACCUGGACAACAAACUCUGGCUACUCAAGAUAGACGACGAGUUCAACGGACGGGGCAUCGCUGUGUGUCCUGUGAACGAACACUUGAAGUGCUUCCAGUGGGCUAAGAAACAGCAGAUGCGAUAUGGGGACAAAUGGAACAAGAAAUGGGCACAUGAGCCCGCUUUCCAGAAGAUUCUAGAAGAAAUUCCAGAAAUUCUAGCAACCCACACCAAGCCAGCCAACACUGACGCGUACCCCACCUGGGAAAAAUUCCUGGACGCUUUUCUGGAAAAGGGGGGCGUUAUUGAAGCGUACCCUUCGUCUGAAAACACAACUGCUAUCAGAGUUGACGUUUUAAUUGAACCGACUGGAACCAUUCAAAUUGUGUCACAAGGAGAUCAAAUUCACGCCGAGACUCAAUUUUCAUGUUGGGGCACUACAGUUCCCCAGUGUUCAAUCGAAUCGAAACAACUGAACGAGGCCACAAUGAAGAUAGCCGAGACAUGUAAGAAUUACGCAAUCAUCGGUUACGUCACCAUCGACUUCGUCACCUUCAUUGACCCUGUAAAUGACAUGCAGCAGUUGUGGGCGAUUGACCUGAACCUUGGCUUCAGUGACCAGCUGUCGUUGACUAAUCUGACCAAGUAUGUGUCCAAUGCAGUGUUUGAUCCCGACAACUCUCUGUUGACAGUGAGUGCACCGCCCAACAGAGUUGCCAGCAAGCAUCGCAGACGAAGGCGAGAAGAGAAGGAGUUCAGUCCGAAUAGAUAUGCAGUGUUGAGCACCCGCCUCUUCCACUCGAACAUGAGUGUCAUUCACUACUCCGUCUUCUUCCAGAUGUGCAGGGCACAGGGCAUAGGCUACGACCUCAAAGAACGACAGGGCUGUGUGUUCACUCUGCUUGACAGCUACAGCAGACAGAGUGUGGGCAUGUUGUGUCUGCAUGAACAACUUCCCUCCGCCCUCGCCACCUUCGCCAGGAACCUCCACGUGCUCCACCACGAACUCUCCUCUCCCGCCAUGCAGGGACACACCAACUUCCACGCUGUGAUCAAGGAUAUCGAGGAGAUUCUAGGAGUGGCUGUUGUGAACGAAGAGCUACAGAAACAGAUAGUCGACAAAGAUGAGAAAACAGCAAAUAAGGCUGAAGAUCUGAAAAAAGCAGACGCCAAUAAGGCUGUUUCCAUUCAGGAAAAAUAAAGCAGUCAAACAACUAGAAGUAAUUCGAUCUUACCACUUGCAAAUUUCGACAAAAAAACUUUCUAUUCUAAGCGAAGAUAUGGAAGCAUUCGAGCAAAACGGAUAAUUUCUGUUUAUCUUGCAUAUUAAACUAAUAGCAUGAUAAAAAUUACACAAUCCAUUGUAAAAUUUAGAAUUACAAAAAAAGUAUCGGAUUGUAAAUGCCAAAAAAGGAAUGAAGUUAUUUGCCAUAAUUAUAUGUUC